UAGUACAAUCAUAGAUAUUCAUUUAAUGCCACUUAAUUUUUCAAUGUUUUCUUAACAAUGAUCUUUGUCCUGAAAUAAAGAAUCCAAUCUCUACCCUCGUGAGGAAGGCGAGGAUGGCAGAAUUACAACCUAGCAACCUAACAAAUUCUAACUUUCUAAGCUACAAUCAAAAAACGAAUAUAUAUAUAUAUAUAUAUAGGAUAGGAUCCAUGGAUUGUUUCUACUAUUAUUGUCUAAAGAGUACCAACUACCUUUUGUUUUGCUGAGCUAAACAAAAAAAUAAAAAAAAAGUGUACCAAGUACCCAACUAAAUAAUUGUAAGGCUCCUUGAAACCUACAAAAGGAGGCCAGCAGCAUAGCAUGGGUAGAACAGAACCAAGCUGACACAAAUUUGUCAGUAACAGUGGCCUCAUCGGCUUCAUGACCUCAUCUUACCAAGGCCCGCUGGAUUCCUGGAAUGCUAUGAGUCUACUGACACUGUUCCACUUUUCUCCCCAAAAUCCAGUUUGGGUUUCGUACGGGGAAAGUUGCCCAAGCCCAUGAAUCUGACUCCUCCAAUAAAAAUUAUGCUAGUACUAUAAUAGGCAAUGCCAUAGGCCCAUAAACUAAAGCCAUCAGCAUGGCCUUAUCCUGCUCGUGCCCAUUCAUAUGGCCUGGUGGAUUUGCUAUGAAUGUUUCUUCCCCAAAGGCCAAAUUCCACAUCAAAGAUAGUGGAGAGCCUGAUCACCAACCGAGACCUUUUCUGAAUAGACGGCAAAAUAGUUGAUGGAGUUCCACUUUGAUUACAACAACCGCAAGAGCAAGACGUGAACCCCACUGCGACCCACCACAACCAUACAAAAGAGAGGUACAAGCAGCCUAACAAACAACGUCCCAAGUCCAACAGCGCCUAUCUUUCUCUCCUGACUCCUCAAUAACUAACAUCCUUUCUCAACAAUCUGUGUCUCCACUCUCGUGUGUGUUAUACCAAACUAAUUUUAUCCCAAUUGAUAAAGUUGCUAUCACCAGCUUUACUGCAAAAGAAAUCAUAAGCAACCAAAGCUACCAUCCAUCCCACUGCAUUCCUUCAAAAGCACUCUGCUAUAUACCAAUCAUUAUAGACGAAAAUGAAAGCAUUUGUUGCCUUCAAAUCCAAGCUUUUCAACCCAUGCAGAAAACUUGUCCGAAACUUCAGGUUCAAGCUCAAGAGGCCAGUAUUUCUAAGAGCUCUUAGAACCCAUCCUCAGCAUGCCAAAGUCAGAAAAGCUCCUAAAAGAAGUCCUACUUCUGCAUUAUUAUCUGUUUUUCGCUCUCUAAGACAGUCCAGGAGGAUGGAUAAACUUGCAGAGUUUCAAAGCUUUUCCGAGGCAGCGCGCGAUAGGCUGCUCUUCCCCUCACCCCUCACACCAGCUUAUGUGAAGGUUGGAGGUUCCAGUAAAAUGGGAUCCUCCGGUUUUGAUGAUUUGGAAGAUGCAUGCAGGAGUUUUGAGAAUUAUUUAGUUGAGAUGAUUGUUGAAGAAGGGAAAGUGAGCGAUUUGAUGGAUGUGGAAGAGCUCCUAUAUUGUUGGAAGAACUUGACAUGCCCUGUCUUUAUUGAUUUGGUUUCUCGAUUCUAUGGCGAGCUAUGCGCAGACUUAUUUUCCGCUGAUGAUGACAAUGUUGAUAGUCCCUAGUAACUGUUCAGUCGCACCUGUACUUCUCGUUUGUUUCAUAGCUGAUCCUCCCUCUCUCCCUCUUUUCUCUCAAUCAAUUGCUCACAGUUGUAACACGAGUACAUAAACAGAGAAUAAUAUUAAAAGCACAUUUGUCUUUCUUGAGCUAA